AGGCAGGAGAGUUUGAUCCGUCGUCCCGUUCGUCCUCAUCGGCCGGACGAUGAGAAGAUUGCGGUGAAGGAGAACGUCAUGGAAGUCCUGGAUCGGACGCUGAGUCGGGAUCGCCAGGUCUGGAGUAAGCAAAGAGGUAACUUGGGUUUUCAUCGCGAGAUUCACUCGGCUGGUGAUAUCCGCUGAUGAAUCUCCCUGCAGCUACCGUCAGAGUGUGUUCCCAGACAAACUUGAACAAGUUCGAACCUUCAACGCUGCAACGAUCCAGCCCGAAGAAGUCUGUCAGACUCGCCCAAGCAUGUCUUUCGCCUCCGCGUGCGUCACAAACACUCGACGGGCUCUCAUCUUCUAGCGAGUCACUCGUUCAUGGCUUAGGAUUGAUCACCGACAAAGCUGGCGAUCUUCAAUCCGCUCGACUGUCCUAUCUCUCCGACAUGUCUUUCUCAUCAGCCAGCAUCGAUGCAGCUUCUCUCCAUGAACCCAAUCGUUUCAUGCAGCCUGCACGUAUCGAUGGCAGUCUCGACAGCCUCAUCCUUCGUGAUCCAAGGAAGAGUCUUGCGCGACACUCCAGCCAAGCCAUCCCCAAAUCGAUGAUGCCCGUCGUACGCAAUCGCCCGCAGCCGACAGACCACAGCAAAAGCUCCAGUGCCCCUGACACACGCAUCUCCUCCCCUUCCGUCCACCACAAGUACAAGCAAGACGGCAGCUUCACCCCGAGAUGCCUGAAGAUCAAAGCCAGAGCGUCCGGGUUCUUCCAGAAGCUCGUUCCCCAAACGACCGCCGAGAAGCCCUCCGAUGACGCGGAACCAUCGCAACAUCGUCGAUACUCCUUCGUCCCUGGGAAGGAUACCCUCCGCCCAGACGCAGUCUCCACAGGAACAGGCCGCUCCCUGAGUCGAAGUCUCUCCCUGGGGUCCCUGCUCCAUACCUCGCGCGUCCCGUCUCGAACUCGCCGUUCCGACCCGCCGUCCUCAUCCUUGGCUCGCAAGGCACACUCCAGGACCCAGCCACCCUCCACAUCUCCAACUGAUUCAGAGAAUGCAAAUCUGAGCCUCGAUUCAUCCAUCAGUCUGAGAGAAGACUCCGAAGCCAGCUUGCUCACCGUCAUCGACCGAGCUGGUGACGAUGCAUUCGAUCGCGCAACUACCCUACUCUGUGGCCUUCCGUGUAAGUCUUCCCCGUCGUCGUCGUCGAUUUCGCUGGGCCGUGUCAGGAGACUCACGGCUGGCCGCAAGGAGAAUUCUCCGGGCGUGAGCAGAUGAUGGGGAUAGGAAAGGUGGAGCGGAUCUGCCCAUCAGGGCUGGGAGAUGAAUGUAUUGUCAGC